AAAAAAUCUUGUUCAAAACCCAUUAUUUCGGGUCAAGUUUCAAAUGGGGUCGAUUUUUGACAUGUUUGACUGAUUACACAGCUGUAAUCACUCCACACAAGGAGGUUAUUACUGUCAUAUCACAUUCCUUAGAAAAGUCCAUUUUCCAUAAAUCAGGAAAAUUGCAGUGUACUCCGUAGUUGUGUAAAGUGAUUUUUUAUCCUUUUUUUUUUGUUACUCGUUCUCGAUUUUCUCUCUCCAAACUUAUCGAUUUCAUCAAUGGCGGCUUCAACUUCGAUCAUAGCUGCCGACGUUGAUGAUGUAUGGCCGCCUGGUUUCCGAUUUCAUCCAACUGAUGAAGAAUUGAUUCUUUAUUAUCUCAAACGGAAGAUCUCUCGUCGUAGAUUGAAGCUUGAUAUUAUUGCUGAAGUUGAUGUUUAUAAGUGCGAACCUGAAGAAUUACCUGGGCUAUCUGUACUGAAGAAUGGGGACCGACAGUGGUUCUUUUUCAGCCCCAGGGAUAGGAAGUACCCCAAUGGAUCAAGAGCUAACAGAGCAACAAGACAAGGUUACUGGAAAGCAACUGGAAAAGACCGCCCUAUUAACUGUAAUUCAAGGAAUGUUGGUAUCAAAAAAACUUUGGUUUUCUACAAAGGUCGUGCACCUACUGGUCAGCGCACAGACUGGGUAAUGCAUGAGUAUGUAUUAGAGGAAGAUGAGCUAAAAAGGUGCCAAAAUGUUUAUGAUUAUUAUGUGAUUUACAAAGUAUUUAAGAAGAGUGGUCCAGGUCCUAAGAAUGGUGAGCAGUAUGGUGCCCCUUUUAGAGAGGAAGAUUGGGCUGAAGAUGAUUGCCCGCAAUUACAAAGCACUAGCAGCUGCAACCAGAUUUGUGCAGCUCAACAGGUGGUUAAUGUUCUUCCUACUGUUUAUUGUCCGAAUGAGCAAUUAGAUCUUUCAGUGAAUGACAUUGAUGAGCUUUUGAACCGUGUACUUGAUGAGCCUGCACCACUUCCUGUAAAUGAUGAUGACUUUGAGCAAGCGCUAUCUCAGUUUUUUGGUGAAGAAGGAAAUCAGAGUGUGGUAACAAAUCAAUCAUCAUUUGAGCAAGUCACUACACUUUUGCGGGAGGAUGACUUUAUCGAGAUGGACGACCUUUUUGCUCCGGAACCUCUCCAAGGUCUAAGUACAGGGCUUUUGCAGCCAAUCGGUGGAGAAAUCUCAGGGAAUUCACACUUGAGAGUAGAAGAUGAUGGGUUGAGUCAAUUUGAUCUGUAUUAUGAUGCUGAUGCCAUUUUACAUCAAUUGACAGGCGAUGACCACCACCAGACAGCGUCUCUUUCCCAAUAUCAUCAUAGCUCACAAUCACAUGAAAGUGAAUUAGUUAGUGAGAUGUGGACUUAUGAUCCCAACAUUUUCCCGGUCAACUCUACAGUACCAUCCUCAGGUGUCGUAUAUGAUGAUGGUAUUUCUGGAUUGAAUCAAAAUCAAGAGGCCGAAAGUUCACAACCUUGGUCGUCUUCUUCUUUAUGGUCAUUAGUGGAUUCUAUACAUGCACCCCCUGCAUCAGCUGCUGAGAGCAGCGUUUUGUUGAACAAGGCAUUUCAAAGGAUGUCUAGUUUUAGUCGGAUAAGACUGAAUUCCAGAAUUAUCAUCCCCGCAGCAGUUGCAGGUAGAGCUAGUAAAUCUUCGAGUAGGAUAAAAGGAUACUUCUUUUUUUCAUUUUUGGCCGCGUUAUUUGCUGUACUUUGUGUUUUUAUUGGUUCGAAUGCUAGCGUUUUUGGGAAAUUACAUUGCAGGAUGAAGUUGUAAAUUCAUUUUCCCUUGGUUUACAUUAUAGUGUAUAGGUGGGAAUCCAUGGAUGAAUUGUGAGAGUAAAUAUACGAAGUAUAUCAUUUUUCAGCAUUUGUUA